CUUAGCACAAUUGUUAAUGGAUAUCUCUAGCCACGACGAGGUGAAUAGUUGUGACUGUCUAUCUAUUACAUUCAAAUAUUCGAUCGUUUGUAUUUCGACAUGCCGGAAGCUACAGCCGGCCCAAUUGAUACUGUAAUGGCCAAUGGUGCCGGUAACGGUAUCAACGGCCACGCACCGCGUACUCCUUCUUUAUCAGGCCUCUCUCUCACCGAGUACAGCGCAAACCCAUCGCCGCCAUCGGAACGCAGACAAGACAGAAUCAAGCAGAUCGUACCAGAGGAAUUUAUUCUACCUAACGGACACCCUGAUUAUCUCCGUCUGAUCCUCACCUCAAGAGUCUAUGAAGCAUGUAAAGAGACAUCCCUCGCACCCGCCACAAACCUCUCCAACCGACUAGAAUGCAAUGUAUUACUCAAGAGAGAAGAUGAGCAGCCCGUCUUUAGCUUCAAGCUACGCGGUGCUUACAAUAAGAUGGCCCAUCUCGACCGAAACCAGAGCUGGAAGGGCGUGGUUGCUUGCAGUGCUGGAAACCAUGCCCAGGGAGUAGCAUACUCUGCCAGGAUCCUCAAGAUACCCGCAACUAUCGUCAUGCCUUCGGGAACGCCGAGUAUCAAGCAUAAAAACGUUUCGAGAUUAGGUGGUUGUGUGGUGCUUCACGGCGCGGACUUCGACGCGGCUAAGGAAGAAUGCGCAAGACUAGAACAGCAACAUGGCCUCAUUAACAUUCCACCCUUCGACGACCCCUAUGUUAUCGCUGGCCAGGGAACCAUAGGAAUGGAGUUGCUGCGACAGACCAACAUCCAAAAGCUUGAGGCCAUAUUCUGCUGUGUGGGAGGGGGCGGCCUUAUCGCGGGUAUUGGAGUCUACGUCAAGCGUAUUGCGCCUCACGUCAAGAUAAUCGGAGUUGAAACCGAGGACGCCAAUGCUAUGGUCCAGUCUUUGCGGGAAGGAAAGCGAGUGGUACUCAAAGAGGUCGGUCUAUUUGCCGACGGCGCAGCAGUCAAGACGGUAGGAGAGGAGACCUUCCGAAUAUGCCAAGAGGUGAUCGAUGAUGUUAUCGAAGUAAAUACGGACGAGACGUGCGCUGCUAUUAAAGACGUAUUCGAGGAUACCCGAUCGAUAGUGGAACCGGCGGGCGCCCUAGCUCUUGCUGGCCUGAAGAAGUGGGUUGUGGCGAACCCGUCGAGCGACUCGAACCGAUCGGUCAUAGCUAUCACGAGCGGUGCGAACAUGAACUUCGAUAGAUUGCGCUUCGUAGCUGAGCGCGCUACCCUCGGUGAGGGCAAAGAGGCCCUACUCUGUGUGAGCAUCCCGGAGAGGCCCGGAGCGUUUGCCGAGUUGGUUAAUCAUGUUAUGCCGCAUGCCGUGACGGAAUUCUCGUACCGCUACGCAACUAGCGAGAUAGCCAAUAUCCUCAUUGGUAUAUCGUUGACAGGCGCGGCUUCGGAGAGAGUACAAGAGCUUCAGGCGCUGAUUGGUAGGAUCAAUAACGACGGUAUGACCGGUAUAGAUUUAUCGGGCGACGAGCUUGCCAAAUCACACAUCCGCUACCUUGUAGGUGGUCGGUCAGACGUGCCGGAUGAGAGAUUGUACAUGUUCACCUUCCCCGAACGCCCCGGGGCCCUAGAAAAGUUCUUGCGGACACUACGCUUGAGGUACAACAUCAGCUUAUUCCAGUACCGAAAUGGAGGCAGUGACGUAGGCAAGAUCUUAGCGGGCAUACAAUGCCCUGAUGCGGAAGUGCCGGACCUGGAGAAGUCAUUCAAGGAGAUCGGAUAUCCGUGGGAGGACUGCACGCAAAGCCACGUUUUCAAGACAUUCCUAAGGAGUUAGUAGUUGAAGGUAUCUAGCUACGGGUUUGUAGUUAAGUGGGUAUCAUAGUCUAAUCGGUUAGGAUUUUAUCAAGUCGAGUCUGGAUCAUGACAGAAUCGUGGGAGUUUUGCGGGUUAGCGCGAGAGUUAAUACAAGUUUUAUUAUCCAUGAUCGAAAACAUCAUACCAAAGAAAACCGAGAGUGGUGAUGUGUGCUGCAAAACGAAUAAAUUGAAUAGAGUAAAUAAUAGAGAUCAAGGAUGCUUUUCCUUUUGGUGCUUUAAUGACUGAG